GCACUCACUUAUCUAAUGACAAGCUAAUACAAGUUCAAUAGGCUUGUCAAGAUUUGGUAGAGUAAAUAUAAAUUGAUAAAAUAUUUUAGGAUCAUAAUAUUUUAAGUGUAUGAACAGAUCUAAAAAGCUGUGUUUGGUAUAUUUACUUAGAAGUAAACCGGAAUGGGAAUACACGUCAAUGAUUUGAAAAGCAGCACAUACAUUCGGGCUGUCCUUAUGUUAUUGAUAGCUUUUGGUUAUGCAAACGCUGGAUCGCCUUAUAUAGCUAACUCUAUCCCCUACAACUCAUAUUCAUCUCAAUAUGAGAAUUUCAAAGGGACUGUUUGUAGACUUCACUUAAAGGAUUCUGAUGGAAAUGACCACAUCAGAUUUAAACCGGACAGUGACAAAACAAGCAUUAAUUUCAAUUUUGAACCAGAUGGAGGUACAAAUGAUGUCUGGGUCAAUAUAACAACAAAAAAAGAGUUAGACAGGGAAACUUUAGGAAGUACGAUAAAGAUAGAACUUAUAAUUACUGAUGAUCAACACAACGAGAUUAAAUAUGAACAUUUAGUUUAUAUACUUGAUGUUAACGACAAUUCACCAGUGUUUCAAAGCUUGCCCUACACUUUUGACAUAGAUGAGCUUCCUUGCAACAAAACAAUUGUUUACUCAAACAUCAGGGCAACGGACAGAGACAGUGGACCGAAUGGAACAGUGACCUUUUCUAUGAAGCCAAAGACACAGACAGCGGAGUACAAUAAUACCUUUUUGAUAGACCCUGCAACUGCGACUGUUUCAUUAGUAAAAUGUUUAUCGUUUGAAAGGAAUACCUACUAUCAUUUUGUGAUAACUGCAAAGGAUGGUGGACCAAACGGCGGGUUAAUAUCAACAGCUGAUUUGAUUAUACAAGUUAAAGACGUGCAGAAUAAACCACCUUUCUUCACUGGUACAUAUAGAAAAACUAUCAAUGGAAGUAUUGCACGUGUAUAUAGCAGUUGUGGAGACUUGUUUGCUAUAGACAAUCACACCGGUGUCAUUUAUGCUGCAACGAAUGUAGAUAUAAAUACAGGACAA